UGUUCCGGUUUUCCGGUUCUCUCUUCGCCGCCGAUGAGUUGAAUGCUUUCCUUACGCGCACAGACUCCAGUCAUUUAUGAUUUAUCAUGGCUGCGACUGCCGCUGGCGCUGCAGAGCCGCCUGGAUUGGAAACCCAACGCAGAGAUAUAGAAGCUCUCGUCCAGAACCAUGAUCUCCGCGCAGGGGACAGUUGGUACCUGUUGGACAGACGAUGGUAUGAGCAGUGGAAGGAGUAUGUGGAGACAGGAGAUCAGAACUCCUCCUCCUUCCCUGGGCAAAUCGACAACGCAGAGCUCUUCGAGGAGCUGGAGUCCUACCACCUGAAGGAGCGACUGGUGGAGAACGAGGACUUUGUGUUGAUCCCCGCAGAGGCGUGGCACAAGCUGCUGUCCUGGUACGGUAUGGUGGCCGACCAGCCUCCCCUGGAGCGCAAGGUGGUCGACCUGCCCAGCACUGUCAAGGUAGAGGUCUACCCGGUGGAGAUCUUCCUUUGUCUCCAUAGCAACAUGGAUAACGUUCUCACCGCUCAGUUCAGCCGUGCAGACACUAUAACCACAAUUCAGAAGACCAUGCGGAAGCAGUUUGAGGUCCCCGAGAGCGCGGAGACGCGGCUGUGGAUGAAGAGCUCUGACACGAGCUGUGAAAGGCUGCGCAACAUCCACAUGACCGUGCUGGACUCCUGCCUGAGCUCCGGCAUGACGGUGAUCAUGGAGAUGAGAAACGCAGACGGUACCUGGCCCAGUUCCAGACCCCAGAUCAUGAGGAACUCAGAAGAGCAGGACUCGUACAGGGGCCAGCCUGGAGUGUGUGGCCUAACGAACCUGGGAAACACCUGCUUCAUGAACUCCGCCCUGCAGUGUCUGAGCAACACUCCUCCCCUGACGGAGUACUUCCUGCGCAAUGGCUACCUGGACGAGCUCAAUUUCACGAACCCGCUGGGCAUGAAGGGGGAGAUCGCAGAGGCCUACGCCGACGUCAUCAAGCAGAUGUGGUCGGGGAGGCAUUACUCUGUGGUGCCCCGCAUCUUCAAGACGAAGGUCGGCCACUUUGCCUCCCAGUUCCUGGGCUACCAGCAGCACGACUCCCAGGAGCUGCUGUCCUUCCUGCUCGACGGGUUGCACGAGGACCUGAACCGUGUGAAGAACAAGGAGUACAUCGAGCUGAGGGAUGCGGACGGCCGGCCCGACCAGGAGGUGGCAGAGGAGGCAUGGCGUAACCACCGGCGACGGAAUGACUCUGUCAUCGUGGACACCUUCCACGGGCUCUUCAAGUCCACCCUGGUCUGCCCCGAGUGCCACAAGGUGUCCGUGACCUUUGACCCCUUCUGCUACCUGAGCGUGCCGCUGCCCGUCAGCAAGGAGAGGGUGAUGGAGGUGUUCUUUGUCUCUCUCGACCCUGCGGCCGAACCUGUGCAGCAUCGCCUAGUGGUGCCCAAAGCUGGCAAAGUGUCAGACCUCUGCGCUGCUCUUUCCGAAGCGACAGAUGUGCCAGCCAAUCAGAUGGUUGUAGCAGACGUGUUCAAUCAUCGCUUCUACAAGAUUUACCAUGCCGACGAGCAUCUCAGCUGCAUCCUGGACCGGGACGAUAUCUUUGUGUACGAGCUGAGCCGGGGCUCUGUGGAGGAGGACGGGGACGAGGUAGUGCUGGCCCUCUACCUGCGGGAACGCUCCCACUACAGGGACUACGGGACCUCGCUUUUCGGACACCCGCUCCUCAUCGCCACGCCCCGCAGCCAGUGCUCCCAGGAGGCCCUCUACCAGCUGUUCCUGAAGCGCCUGGCGCGCUACGUCCGUCCACUGGAUCCGUCAGAGGAGGUGGAGGAAGAGGAGGAGGCGGAUGAGGAAGAGGAAGAGCUGUACAAGUCCCAGACCAAUGGCGUGAGCGAUGACGAGGGUGAAGACGAUGGCGAGAAGCCAGGACCCUCCAAGAGAGAGCGGGAGGGACGAGGGGAGGGGUCCGAAUCGGAAGGGAACCAAUCCGGCGACCUGGCCGAGGAAGCAGAAGGAGGCGUGUCCAACAGCGAGCCCAGGACGGGGUGCGGCAGGGAGGACGGGGCGUCCGUCGAGUGCGGGUCCAGCGCCGACGCGGCCCCGCGGGGGACGAGGCAGCAGCCCUCCGAGGAGGACGAGGAGGAAGACGAGGAAGAGGAGGAGGAGGUGGAGGAAGGGGGGAAGGAGCAAGCCACGCCCCCCAGCCCUCAGUCCAACGAGCGGCACGCCAAGAGGAAGUGCUGCCACGCCAAGCGCAGGAAGCGGCUCUUCACCAUCCAGGCAGUGAACUCCAACGGCACCACAGAGAGGGGCAUGGGGGAGGGAGGCAGCGCCUUCUCCUUUAGCUCCCAGCCAUAUGUGGCCAUCGACUGGGACCCUGACAUGAAGAAAAAAUACUACAAUGAGAAAGAGGCUGAGAAGUACGUGACGCACCAGAGCAUGAAGAUCCCGCACAAGCAGACGACGGUGCAGCUACAGCAGUGCAUCGAGCUCUUCACCACAGUGGAGACGCUGGAGGAGGAGAAUCCCUGGUACUGCCCGACCUGUAAGAAGCACCAGCUGGCCACGAAGAAGCUCGACCUAUGGUCACUGCCUGAGGUCCUCAUCAUCCACCUGAAACGCUUCUCCUAUACCAAGUACUCCCGCGAGAAGCUGGACACCAUCGUGGACUUCCCGCUCAGAAACCUGGAUUUUUCCGGCUAUCUCCUGAGGAAGCCUGGUACAGAUGGAGAGCCUCCAAGCCGAUACGACCUGAUAGCUGUGUCCAACCAUUAUGGAGGACUUAGGGACGGCCAUUAUACCAGUUAUGCACGGAACAAGGACAACGGACAGUGGUAUUACUUUGACGACAGCAAGGUGACGUACGCAAGGGAGGAACAAAUCAUGACCAAUGCUGCCUACCUCCUGUUCUACCAACGGCAAGACAAGAUCCGCCAGCCCACCCUCCCCGCUCCCCGAGACCGCUCCUCCUCUCCCACCCACUCUACCAACAGCGUCUCUUCCCCUGACCGUGACGGAAUGGAUGGGGCCGCUUCCUGUGUAAACAUGGAGACGGAUUGAAGCCGCCGUCUCCUUCCUGUGUCCACUUUGUUUUUCCCCACUCAUGAUUUCUCGUACGUUGGUGGGGCAGUUAUUUUUUUUUUCCGUUGUUGUUUUUUUGUUAUGUUUUGCAUUGUUUUGUGUUCUACUCCAGAAACUUGAACCUUCUGCCUCUUUUCUGCAUUGAAUAAGGAGGGAGGGGCGGAGGCAAAAUUCUCAGGCCGGUGCACAAGCAUCGGGAGGGGGUGGGGAAGGAAGCCGAAGGCGUGCCGGCCGUAGGUUUCCCAAAGGGGUGAGCGUGCACUGGAGAACGCAGAGCCAAAAUGGCAGGUCCAGGCGUGGCGGUUUCCUGGCCUGUUUUGGUUAAGGUUCAGGGCCAGCCAGGACACGUCACCAGUAAUCAUUCUUGUUUUGUAGGAGGAAUACAUUCCUCGCAUGAAAAGUGAGUCAAGCCCCAGCAGGUUCUGCAGGACCGUCCUCAGUUUAUCACUGGGCUGUUGAGAGUGGCACUCUGCUCGUCCCAGGAAAAAUGGAGCAAAGCCCAGGUUCCUGCUGACGCAAUGUAAGAGAGGUGGGGAGUGCUGGACUGAUGCCAUGUGCUAUCUCUGUGUGGCCAGUGAUUGUCGAUAGCCAGUCUUUAGAUGGUUCAGGUCAUAGGAUUUUUGGGUAGUGGUAAGUAUGCACGCCCGUUUUAACAGCACUGAAAGGAAUGCUGUAGUUGUGCCCAACUUUGAAUGAUGAAAUCUGCCAGUUUAUUCCCCC